CACUACUGUAUUGCUCCGCCUUAGGCAAAAGAACGGUUCGCUACUCUUUAAUUCCCAUUUUUCUCCUCUAGAGAGAGAAAGAGAAGAGGGGGGAAAAAAAUAUUUCACUGUCCUUUUUUCUCUAAUAAAUCUGUACGUGGAGGAUUUCUAUGUAGUAUUAUUCGUUGAUUUUUGAGUUCGGGGAUGAUUGAAUCUGAAUCCAUCCAACAUUUUACAUGAAGCUGCGAUCCUUAAAAACCUAGAAGAAAGCGAUCGUCUUUGUUCCUUUUUUUCUUUAACUUUGUUUUGUUAAUUUUUUAAACGAAGUGAUUGUUCAUUUUCUCUCUGGCGCAAUUUUCGAUUGCUGUGAUUUGAUUUGGCGGUGGUGUAGUUCGAUUUCUGUAGUUUUAUUGGGCCCAAAGAGAUGAACGGUGGUGAUGGUGGAGAGGUCACGGCAGCUCCUCCGGCGGGGCCACCACCGCCGCUCGAGUGGAAAUUCUCUCAGGUUUUCGGUGAACGCACGGCGGGCGAAGAAGUUCAGGAAGUUGACAUCAUCUCAGCAAUUGAGUUUGAUAAAACUGGCGACCAUCUUGCUACCGGUGACCGUGGAGGCAGAGUGGUGUUGUUUGAGAGGACAGAUAUGAAGGAGCAUGGUGGAAGUCGAAGAGACUUAGAAAGGAUGGAUUAUCCAGCGAGUCGGCAUCCAGAAUUCCGUUACAAGACAGAAUUCCAGAGUCAUGAACCUGAGUUUGACUAUCUGAAGAGUCUGGAGAUCGAGGAAAAAAUCAACAAGAUUCGGUGGUGCCAAACAGCUAAUGGUGCCCUCUUUCUUCUGUCCACUAAUGAUAAAACAAUCAAGUUUUGGAAGGUCCAAGAGAAGAAAGUCAAGAAAAUUUCUGAGAUGAAUAUUGAUCCAUCUAAGGUUGUUGGAAAUGGUAGUGCUUCUAGUUCUACUGUUUCAUCCAGUCCUAAGCCAUGUCUUGCAAAUGGAGCCUACCCCGAUAGAUCAUAUAGUUGCUUGAACAAUGACAUGACAUUUCCACCUGGGGGCAUUCCAUCGCUGCGUUUGCCCGUGGUAGUUACAAGCACUGAAACCAGUCUUGUUGCAAGAUGCAGAAGGGUUUAUGCUCAUGCUCAUGACUAUCACAUUAAUUCAAUUUCAAAUAACAGUGAUGGUGAAACAUUUAUAUCAGCUGAUGACUUACGAAUAAACCUUUGGAACUUGGAAAUUAGUAACCAAAGUUUCAAUAUAGUUGAUGUUAAGCCAGCAAAUAUGGAGGAUCUAACUGAGGUCAUAACUUCAGCAGAGUUUCACCCUACCCACUGUAACAUGUUAGCAUAUAGUAGUUCAAAGGGAUCAAUUCGUCUGAUUGAUUUGCGGCAGUCAGCUUUGUGUGAUUCACAUUCUAAAUUGUUUGAGGAACAGGAGGCACCUGGUUCAAGAUCAUUUUUCACUGAGAUAAUAGCUUCAAUUUCAGAUAUUAAAUUUGCAAAGGAUGGUAGAUAUAUUCUUAGUCGUGAUUACAUGACCCUUAAGCUAUGGGACAUUAAUAUGGAUUCUGGUCCUGUUGCAACCUUCCAGGUUCAUGAGUAUCUAAGACCAAAGCUGUGUGACUUAUAUGAAAAUGAUUCCAUCUUUGAUAAGUUUGAGUGUUGCCUGAGCGGUGACGGUCUGCGUGUAGCAACUGGUUCUUACAGCAAUCUCUUCCGUGUUUUCGGUUGUGCGACGGGUAGUACUGAAGCAGCUACUCUUGAAGCAAGCAAAAACCCAAUGAGGAGACAAGUCCAGACUCCUUCAAGGCCUUCAAGAUCCCUGAGCAGCAGUAUUACCCGUGUUGUGAGAAGAGGAGCAGAAAGUCCAGGAGUUGAUGCAAAUGGGAACUCGUUUGAUUUUACAACGAAGCUGCUCCACCUGGCAUGGCAUCCAGUGGAAAACUCAGUUGCUUGUGCAGCUGCCAACAGCUUGUACAUGUAUUAUGCGUGAAAAGUUGGCAGCGAGGGGAUUGUGUUGAUCAUUGCAUAGUUGACAUUUUUGGGUUGCUCUUCAAGAAGGCCUAUUGGACUCGACUCUACCUCCAAAUGCAUCAUAACCUUAGCACAUGCUUCUAAUGUUGGGGAACAGAACAGGAAAUUGUAGGAUCAAAGAAUAGCGACUUGUCAUUGUCUCUGGGAAACCAGCUACCUUUCUUUCAUCUUCGUCUACCCAUUUUCUGCUUCACCCUAUACUUUAAAUUGUUUCCCUUUCUCUCCAAAGGAAAAGAUGCAGUUCUGUUCUUCUUGUGUUGGGUCGAAGUAAGGAAAAUUUGUGAUUGUAGCUCUCCUACAAGUAAAAACUAAAGGAUGUCCUAUAUGCUACUAGUUUUAAGGUAUAUGUAGUUUUUACUCAAAAUCUUGCUGGGAAGGAGCUGCUGCUAACUUGCAGGGCCUUAAGAAUAUUUUCGAUUUUAUAGCAUUAUUUUUUGUAGGACCGUUUUAGCUUUGCUUUUGCCAGCCAUUAACUAGUUAACUAUUUUUUUGUAAAAGAAAUUCAAGGUAUUCUGGCUUUUUUGGUCAUUUGUAUUUUUACAUGCAUCUUGUGUAAGAGAUUGUAACAACCAAAUUGUAGUAUUUACCCAUUUGCAUUUUUGCUGC